AAAAAUUCCCCUCCACUAGGUAUUUUGGUCUGUUGAACUCUAAGACGACCUAGGGUUUUGCUUUCUUGGGAGAAAGAAGAAGAAGAUGAUCGAGGUGGUGCUGAAUGAUCGGUUGGGGAAGAAGGUGAGAGUGAAGUGCAACGAAGACGACACCAUCGGUGACUUGAAGAAGCUCGUGGCGGCCCAGACUGGGACUCGAGCUGAGAAGAUUCGGAUUCAGAAAUGGUACAAUAUCUACAAGGAUCAUAUUACUCUGAAGGAUUACGAAAUCCAUGACGGCAUGGGCCUCGAACUCUACUACAAUUAGUUAAUGCAGGCAUGGAAAGCCAUACUGCUGGCUUUGCUACCGCUACCUCGGUAGCUCAAUGUUGUUGUAUGGCGCUGCCUGUGUAAUUUGUAACAUAAGAAGCAUACAUUGAUGACUGUUUCGGAAUAAAACUCGGUUUGGGACCUCAUGUAAUACACAAUCAAACUGCCUAUUUGGUGAUAUUAUAUGUGGUAACUUCAAUUAACUUUA